AACAUUUAUUUUAUUUUACACAGAAAAAAAGAGUCUGAAUAGUUAUGAAUCGAUUUGAUGAAUGGGGGUUCAAGCCCAAGCAAAUGGACCUGGAGGGGGAUUUCUACAUCGACUACGGAGCGGAGGAAAUAACAGAUUAUCAAGACCCCAAUGAACUUCUGGCUGCUUUGAAACAAAAGGAGGAAGAAGUUAUUUUGGCAGCCCAGCUGGGAAACGCAUUGCUCCUGGAAAACAGUCAGUUGAAAGAUCAGAGCGACAAACUUCAUGAACAGUACGCAGACAAGCUGGAGGAGUUGGAGCAGGGCAGGCAUGAGCUACGGCUCAAGCUGGAGGGCUGUCAGUCCCAGUGGGAGAGCCAGGUGGGGGACCUGGAGAGGGAUGUGAGGGAGCUGAGCACCCAGGUGGAGCUUCUCACUCAGGCCCUCAGCGAGGCGGAGAGGGACAAGAGUCGAGCUCAGCUGGAGCACAGCGAGCACACUCAGCGGAUCCGGGAACAGCUCAACACGGCAAUGGAGGUGGAGAGGGCCAUGUCCACCGAGCUGCAGACUCUGAAACAGGAGCUCCAACAAAAAGGAAGCCACAACCGACCGCAGGACGAGGAGCUGAUCAGUGCCAUGAGGGAGCAGGUGUUGCGUCUCACCCAGAAGGAACAGGUGCUGGAGGAGCGUUUGGAAAGCGUGUGUCAGGAGAAUGCUGAGCUGAGGACGAGCUUGGCCUCUUUACACACACGUCUGGCCCUACAUGACCAACUCAACCAGCAACACAGCCAGCAGCUAUCGGAGGCGUGGCAGGAGGUGGAAGCGGCACGGGGUCGAUCACAGCAGCUGCAAGCCCAGGUGGAAGAGCUUCAGGAGGAGCUGUCCCUGCAGGAAGCCAGGAGUCACGGAGAUGCCUCCCUGCUGUCCGAGCUGGAGAGCAGCCUGGACACGGCAGGACUGGGAGUCAGCAAAGAAGAGGUACCAAAGCAGCAGAUAACGCAAGAAAUGGGGUCCAUCCUUCGGUUACUGCUACCACUGACCCAGGAGAUGAACAGUGCUGGAAGAUCAGAGGACACAGAUCAUCAGGACGACCUGCAGGCCAUGUUGCAUCGACUGAAGGGAGUGGCUCAAACUCUAGCACAGACAUCCAGCCCUCAGGAGCUGAAUCCAGCUUUUGUCGACAGGACCGGUGAUCAGUGUGGGAAUCCGAGUGCAGCACAGGAGCUGAGAGAUCAGAACAUCCAGCUGCAGCAGGAGAACGCUGAAAUGAGGCAGAAGCUGCAGAGUUUACAGGAACAGGCUGAAGUCGCCCAACAGGCCAUCAGAGACCGAGAUGAAGCCAUAGCCAAGAAAAACCUGAUGGAGGUUGAGUUGGUCCGAAGUAAAAAUGACAUGAUGUCAUUGAACAACCAAUUAUUAGAAGCCAUCCAACGUAAACUGGAGCUGUCACAGGAACUGGAGGCCUGGCAGGACGACAUCCAAAUAAUCAUCAACCAGCAGCUCAGGACCCAGCAGCAGUCGGAGCAGACUCAGAAGAAGCCCACCUCCAAUGGCAUGUCCUUCUUCCGUAGGCCCAGUAAGGCGACUUCCACCUGGACACACCAGCCGUCAUCCUCUUCCACCUGGAGUUCAGAUGUUAAUCAGGACAAAGCCCAGUCCCCCUGGAGGGACUGGUUAAGACGGGGAAAAGGGGCGCAGUAUGGCAAGUAAUGACACAGGACGCGAGAAGAUGUAGAACAAGGAGAAAAGGAGGAAGGAAGUCACAAGUGGAGCUUCUUGCUUCAUCAUGUAUGGCGAAAAGGAGCCAUAAAGACACUUGGAAUUCAGUGAUGAACAACAGAGCCACUUCGGACAAAGACUUGCCAGACAGGCACUUACAUAAAUACAUUUCAUUGAGAGGCUGAGCCUUCUUAAAAAUCUAAACUGUGACAGCUUGGAACACUAGCAUUUCUUUUUGCAUUUUCAGUAUACAGUGACAGGAAGUUUGCGUGAGACUGUAAAUAUUGUGCCUUAUAUUGUAAUAUUCGUAAUAUUGUGAAUGUGUUUAUGUUUGAGACUUUAUACGGAGUAUAUGAUAAGUGUAGAUCAAUGGAGAGUAUUUGUCCAGAUAAUUUAACUACACAGAUUAAAGAAGAAAGAGAUCAAACAGUUCAUUUGUAAUUAUACUGUCUUUACAUACCAAGUUGGAUAUGAGAAGUUACAUUUUUUACUGUCUGUUUCAGAUGCUAAAUAUGUAAGAAGAAAAAAACAUUGAUUGUUUAAAAAACACUGCAGACAUACACUGCAGAAGCUGUUAUUUUUAUAAUUUCUUUUUUAUUUGGUUUUUUAGUAAAAACCAAAUGUUCUCUGAAUGAUCACUUGGAGUGAGUGUGUACAGCGAGGCUAUGAUCUGUAAAUCAGUGUUCAGUAUUGAAGCUGCUUAGUUUAAACAGUGUUUACUAAGCUGUCUGACUGACUACAUCUGGAAUGAUUGCUGGAU